GUUCUAAGCAUUCGGUUUACUCAUGCCAACAAACCACUCGUUGUAAAAUAUGUAAGAAAAGACAUCAUUCAUUACUACAUCCUAGAAGUAUAGUACAAUCAGCCGAUAAUGAAGUAGGUAGUGAUCAAUCGGCUAAUAGUGAUGUCGUCGUACCAACGACAUCAGCAACACAAGACGAAGCUAGAAAUGUCGUAGCAUGUUUUUCUAGGGUUGACACCCAAGUGUUAUUGGCCACCGCUUUAGUUAAAAUUGUUUCAAAGGCUGGCAAGAAUAUCACCCUCAGGUCGUUGUUAGACCAAGGUUCGCAGGCUUCAUUUAUUACUGAAGCAGCAGUUCAGCUUCUUGGGUUAAAGAAAUAUUCAAGCAGAAGUCAAAUAUCAGGGCUAGGAAGUGAUCAGGCGGGUUCUUUCACCUCUAAGUCUGUAGUGUUUUUAAAAAUUCAAUCACUCCAUGACCCCAACUUUGUUGUUGAUGUAAAGGCUCAUGUUUUAAAGAAGCUAACUACUUUUCUUCCAGAACGAAAGGUUGUCUUACCAGUAUUAACAGAACUGUCUAAAUCAGAUUUAGCAGAUCCUACGUACACCACACCCAACAAGAUUGACUUGUUAUUGGGUGCUAAAGUUUAUGGAAUGAUCUUGGAAGAGGGUCUUAUUAGGGGAUCAUCUCAAUCAUUAGUUGCUCAAAAAACCAAGUUAGGUUGGAUAUUGUCAGGAGAGAUAGAAUCUUCUGGUAACAAUGAGAAAGAGUGUUGUUACUCAAUUGUUAGUUUGCAUUCUCAUUGUAAUGAAAACGAACUCCUACGUAAAUUUUGGGAGUUAGAAUCAGACAAUUCCAAUCUGAAUCGUAAACAUCUCACGCCUGAAGAGCAGAGAUGCGAGGAACUGUUCGUCGCCACUACCAAACGAGAUUCAUUCGGUAGGUAUGUUGUCAAAUUACCAUUUCGUGAUCAAAAUCCAACUUGUAUGUAUGGUAAUUCUCGAGAUAUAGCAGCUCGUAGGUUUUAUUUGUUAGAAAAGAGAUUAUUAAAAAAUCCUAAAUUAAAAAUGGAUUAUUCAAAUGUCAUAAAGGACUAUUUAGAUUUGGGUCAUAUGGAGCUUGUACCUGAUGAUGAACGUGAUAAUAAAAACGCUGUUUAUUUGCCACAUCAUCCAGUCAUCAGAGAAGAUAAAAGUACUACUCAAACACGCGUUGUGUUUGAUGCUUCGUGCAAAGAUUGCAACGGUGUAUCCUUGAAUGAUGAUCUAAUGGUUGGUCCGACUCUUCAGUCCGAUCUGAGACAUCUUAUCAUGCGCUGGCGAUUGUAUCCUAUAUGUCUAGUGGCAGACAUAACUAAAAUGUAUAGACAGGUGAAGGUUUUCCUGAAGAUACAAACUUUCAGCGUAUCUUGUGGCGUAAUCCAGAUAAUCAAAAAGAUGACUUACAACAUUAUAGGUUACUCACAGUUACUUUUGGGACUGCUGCCGCACCUCAUCUAG